AUGAGUCCAGCAAAUAUUACAUUAUGGGCCCGAGACACUGUGAGUGAUCUCGAGUCAGUUCCAAGCACAUUUUCCAGCUGGGACAAAUGUAUGGCCAAAUCGUACUGCAAGCGCAGAAACAAAACCCCUAAGCACUUUGAUGACCCUCAGUUCCACCAGCCUCCGCCACCUGCAGUAAAUCCGGUCUAUCAAGCGUCACCAGCCCCACCCUCAUACCGCGGCGCACAACAGAGAGCACCAUCGUUCCGCGGCGCGCAGCAGACUGCGCAUUUCGACUCACCCAAGACCCCGGCCGCUCAUGUCAAUGAGGACGCCCUGCCCGAGAUGCCUACCUGGGCUGGUGCUGUUGACAAGCAUGUUGAAGACCCAAAUCAUCGCGACGACGUCGAGAUGGAGCCAUUGAACCCCCCGGACCGAAAACAGGGUGCGGGUACACCUGGUGUCGCUUACUCUGACUAUUCACCCAACCCAACCAUGGGUGGGGCCGGGGCAGGAUAUAGAGGAUUUGGGCCUACUGACCCGCAUGCACGCCGGUCUCCCGGCCCUGGAGUAGCGUUGAAUCCUGUUCAAGACCCCUAUGGCCGACGUUCGCCGGGGAUGCCUUCCCCUGGGGCAGCCAUUGAUCCUUAUUCGAGAAGAUCACCGGGCCCGGGGGCGGCACUUAGUGCUGCCCAGGAUCCAUACGCCCGACGUUCCCCUGGCCCACCAGUAGCGCUGGCUGCCUCCCAGGAUCCGUACGGGCGGCGCUCUCCCGGCAUGCCAACCCCAGUCCAAGCAGCUGGCUAUGGCUCCGCAGCCCAUGACCCCUACGGCCCGCGCUCUCCAGGCCUAACAUCCCCCGUCGGCGCACCAGUCCACAACCCUUACGACCAGCAACAGUACAACGACCACUCCUAUGCAGGCAAUGGCUACCACGCCGUGACAGCACCUUCUCCCGUGGCUGCAUACAAGCCCCACACCAACUACAGCCCCGUACCAAUGUCCUUCUCCCCAUCAUCGGAGAUGGACCAUUCCGCAGCAGCGGCCCCAACACAAGGCUUCCAGCGCCAGCCAUCUUUUGGCUCUAGCCAGUAUCCCCCAACGUACACAUCCCAGCCUCCAUACCGCACCUUCUCCCCCGGUGCUUCUUCUUCGCCCCCUCCUGCUUUCUCAGCCCCCUCGCCUUCAGAGUAUACUUCCUACAACCCCCACGCCAAUACCACCCCAGUUCCUGAGCCUGACAACAACAGACCUCCGAGUCUGUUGCAGAGCGGUAAAAAGCCUAACUUGAAUGCUUCUAGCAACUUUUGA